AUGAUGAACUUCUCAGAUACGCUGGUCAUCCUAAAUGACGAUGGGCCAUGUGAGCUGCUGAGGAAGAAAUAUGCACAAAUGCUUGUCCCAACGGUAAGCGUGUCAAACUUUAAAAAGAACAAACAGUACAAAACCUACAACAACAUAUUCCUGUACACGUAUAAGGAGUAUGAUUUCCUGUGGGAUCUAGACGAUAACAUUUUGCACAAGGUCCAGAGGUGCCUGAACAAGAGCGGGGUGCUCAAACUGGUUCUUUACAUAAGCAACACAGCAGAUGGGGACAGCAAGACGCAUGAUGAAAUUGCAAAACGAUUAAAGAAGGAGUACCUCUACAGUGGCUUUGUCAACAUUUCCAACGAAACCAACCAGGCGGAAAAUGGAAUCAUAAUAAAUAUAACAGCAGAGAACCCCGAUUUUUUAUCAAACGAAGAUGAUGAUGGAAAUUCAAGUGACGGAGAGGCGUACAAAAAUGCAGAGGACAACAAGAAGGUCGUAAAUAGGGUGUGUGCUAACUGCACAUGUGGGAAAAAAGAAAAUGGAGUUAAACUAGAUAAAGUGACCAUAAAUGAAAAGGAAGUCCAGUACCUUACAGAGAACGCCGUUUCUUCUUGUGGAAAUUGCUACUUAGGGGAUGCCUUCCGAUGCGCGUCUUGCCCCUACAAAGGCCUACCAGCAUUCCAGCCUGGCGAAAACGUGAAGCUCAAUUUAGACAAUGAAUCCAACUGA